CACCUGUUUUAGUUUGAUCCAUACCCUUGUUUGCUAAAGGUAUCCUGGGCUCUCAACAUGGAGGAAUUCUCUCAAUCCCGUGGCGAUGACGACCUCUUCGAUGACGAGAUUGUCCCCUUCGAGAACGACCCUACACCAGAACAAGUCGCAGUCCAGCUCGAUCAAGUCUCGCUAGACCCGACUCCGACUCCUCCUCCGCCACCACCAGCAGUCGAUCAAAAGUCCACUUCUGCCCCUUCGACUGCGCCAGCUGCUGCUCCUGCCCCUGCGCCUGGGAAUAACAAUUUCCCGGGCUUUAGAGACAGCAAGCCACGAGGAAGAGGUGGACGAGGUGCUGCACCUCGAGGCGGCGGGCAACAGUCUAGAGGCGGGCUCUCAGACUCCAAAUGGGCUCCGAAACCAGCAAAGCAGGCAGACACAUCCACCACCCGAAGAAGGGAUCCCGAGACGACUCCCGAGGUACAAACGGAGACCACAACCACACUCACCACCUCCGCCCCUGCCUCUGGCUCUGGCACCGAAGCCCACGAGCCAGAGCCCCCGGCGCAGACAGAAGGAGGGGAUGAGUCUGCGCCCACGACCGCGGCCCCGAAUGCACCAUCCGCGCCGGCGAACGCUCGCCCGCCUGCGGUGCGUGGCGAUCGAUCAGCCACAGGGGGCACGCGCAAGCCCAAACUCACCGAGGAAGAACUAAGCGCCAAACUCGCCGCCGCGAAGGAACGGUCACAGAAUCUGGCGGCCGCACACGCGCGGGCACAAGCCGACGCCGCGAAUUUCGAAGAACGAGAGCGCAUUGCCCAGCAGAAGCGGGAAAAGGACCGAAUAGAGCGCAAGGUCAUGGACAACGAGCGCGAAAAAAACCGACAGCGCAAAAUGGCCGUCAUGGGUGGCCGGGAGUGGGACGCCGGCAAGAACGAAGACGACUUCAACAACAAGUUCAACGGCCGUGGCGGAGCGGCGGGCAGAAGGGGUUAUCAGGGCACCAUGACGCCCGAGCAACAGUACCAAGCCGAGCAGGACGACCUGAGACAGUACGAGUGGCACGGAGACCGAGCUCGCGGGGGUGGUGGGCGCGGACGCGCCCGCGGGGGACGUGGUGCUGGUGGUGGUCGUGGAAGAGGAGGCGGUGCUCGAGGAGGAUGGGGAGGAGGGGAGAAUGGUGCUGCUCCUCCGCCUGAUCUGGCUGCUGAUGCGGAUUUCCCUGCCUUACCUACUACCACCGUCGCACCAGACUCUGAAAACAAAACAUCCGAUGGGACACCUAUGACCAAACCGAAGAUGUCGAGGUGGGAUAGCGGGACAUUAUCACCUUCGGGCGACGGCGGCGGUGGGGGAAGUUGGGCUGAACAGGUCGAGUCAAGCGAGGCCGACAAGAUCGAGAACACGGUGAAGACGUAGAGGAUGGGCCAACAAUGUUCUCUUUCUGAUGUGUCAAAUGUGCAAUGUUGGGCAGGGCUUCUCUGUUUGAUUCAUUUUGGUAUGUCACGGGCCAUUGAAGCGUUCAAGCGUUUGGAUUCUUUGUGGGAUGACGGUAAGUGGGCAUGGAAAGAAAGAAAAGGGUUUCUCUUGUAUACCAAGGUCUGUGGGUAUCAACUUUUGCAUGUAUCCUUCCUUGACCACAUGCUAUUCCGUAAAACCAAAACAAGUACGAAUGGACCACAUUGCCAC